AUGCAGGUAAAACUUCCGUUUAACGCGCAGCGAAUCAUCUCCCUCUCGAGGAAUGACUUCCAGUCCCUGCUGAAGAUGCACAAGUUGACCCCGGAACAACUGGACUGCAUUCACGAUAUCCGCAGAAGGAGUAAGAACAGGAUUGCUGCCCAGCGCUGCCGCAAGAGGAAGCUGGACUGCAUCCAGAACCUCGAAUCUGAGAUCGAGAAGCUGCAAAAUGAAAAAGAGAGUUUGCUGAAGGAGCGAGAUCACAUUUUGUCCACUCUGGGGGAAACAAAGCAGAACCUAACUGGACUUUGCCAGCAAGUCUGUAAAGAAGCUGCCUUGAGUCAAGAGCAAAUCCAGAUACUCGCCAAGUACUCGGCUUCAGAUUGCCCCCUUUCCUUCUUACUUUCAGAAAAAGGAAAAAGUGCCACUGAAGGUGAAUUGACACUCCCGUCCAUUUUCAAUUUAGCCCAUGUGUCUUCAGUGCUGCCUCCCAGCGGGCGGGGAAGCGGGGCGGCCAGCUGUGAGCGGGGUGUCUGCGAGGCCCCCCCCAGCUCCGUGGACCCCCGGGAGCAGCAGCUGGGUGAGCAGGGGCGGCAGAGUGGCGCCAUCACCGAGUUCUGCCAGCAGAUGACGGACAAAUGCACUACUGACGAGUAGACUCUGUGCUCUCCCGCCUGCCCGCCUGCCAUGCAAUCUGCUACUGAAGAUUUGGCAUUAUCUUGAAAGCCUCGUGGCCGUCUCCUGCUUAUUAAUACACAGCCUUCUGUUCAGGGAAAUCCUCUUUAAGCCAACCCUGACUUGGUUCUUGGCUCCUACAAGAAAACACCAAGAUAAUUUAUCUCCUGGGUACCAGAAAAAAAAAAAAGCACAUGUGAAAAAUGUAGCCAGAACUUGUGCUUUUAUGAAUCACUGUCAGUAAUCACUUUCCAGUAUUUAAAGCAACGAAAAGAAUGACUACAACCUGUCAAACAAUCUGAAAAGCUUGAACCGCCGCAUAUCAUCCGGACAGGAGAGGAUGAAUGAUCUACCUAAUUUCCAUCUAUGGAUUUAACAGCCAGUUCCUCCCCAAGCUGUAUUGAUCCUGUCUACUCAGGAGAGUGUGUCUACACUGGGAAUCGCUGCAUAGAGCUGCGGUAUGAAAAACAUCAGUUACUUUUCCCAAAUCCUAGAGCUUUGCUCUUCAGCUCCUACCACAGCCAGUCAUCCAAGAGACUUCCUGUGACUCGUGGCCACGCGCCUGGCUGCAUUUUGUGAAUGGGCAGGGAUGGCCUCCAGGGGAGGCUUCAGUGGCUUCUCAGUAUUGCCUCUAGAAUUUCUAGCUGAAUAGUAGCUAGUGAACGCAUUUUCCUUCUUCAGUCUCAGGCCCGUCUUGGCCUCUUCAGUUUCCUGGCCUCAGGACGUAGGGGGCUGAGCACACACGCUGACGGCACUGGGCGCUGUCACUGUCCUAGCCACCCCGCCAUCCCCUGCUCCCCUGCCCAGGCCCUGGGAACGCCUCCCAGUAUGCAUGGCUUCCUCCUCAUGCUGGCCACAGGUGCCAGAGAUUGAGGAAAUGAACUUUUUUUUUUUUUUUAAAUAACAGGAGUGCAGCUCAUUUUUUAAAUCCUAUUUUUAAACUCCUACAAAAAGCACUAUUGUGGAUUUUUAAAAAUGUAUUUAUAACAACUCUGCAGAGUUUUGAAAAAGGAUGAAACUUGGGGGUCUUCUUCCAUUAAGGUUUACAUCAGAGAGCCAAGUUUCAUUCUUGCUUUCUUGCCCCAAUUUAGAGUGAUGUAAAGGUACACACAGCAUAUUUUGACUUGGGCAUUUAAAAAAUCAGUCUUUGUGUUUAUUUGAUCCUCUUGGAUGAUGUAUUUAUAAUCUGAGUACUUACCCAAUAAUGCAUGGCAGUGACUCUAGCUGCUGAAACAUAACAUAAUCGAGAGGCAAGUAAAAGCUAUUGGACUACAGCAAUUCUAAAAAAGAAGAAAAAAAAAGAAGAAGAA